CAGAAUGAAUGGAAAUUCAAAGAUCGCUGUGCAGUCAGCCUUAAACCCUGAUUGCACACUGCUCCCCAGCCCCCAGCUCUCUUUUACAUUAAUUUAAAAAAUCUUAUUACAAAAAUAUAUGUAAUUUCAUUUAAUUUUAGUCACAAAUCAUCUUCAAAAUGACGAGGAUUUUGACAGCUUGCAAAGUGGUGAAGACCUUGAAGACUGGUUUUGGCUUUACUAGUGUGAGUGCACAUCAACAAUGGAAAUUUUCAAGACCUGGCAUCAGGCUCCUUUCUGUCAAGGCACAGACAGCACACAUUGUCCUGGAAGAUGGAACCAAGAUGAAAGGCUACUCCUUUGGCCACCCAUCCUCUGUUGCUGGUGAAGUGGUUUUUAACACUGGCCUGGGAGGGUACCCAGAAGCUAUUACAGAUCCUGCAUACAAGGGACAGAUUCUUACAAUGGCUAACCCUAUCAUUGGGAAUGGUGGUGCCCCUGACACUACUGCUCUGGAUGAACUGGGACUUAGCAAAUAUCUGGAGUCUGAUGGAAUCAAGGUUGCAGGUUUGCUGGUGCUGAAUUAUAGCAAUGACUACAACCACUGGCUGGCUACCAAGAGUCUGGCGCAAUGGCUACAGGAAGAAAAGGUUCCUGCAAUUUAUGGAGUGGACACAAGAAUGCUGACCAAAAUAAUUCGAGAUAAGGGUACCAUACUUGGGAAGAUUGAAUUUGAAGGUCAAUCCGUGGAUUUUGUGGACCCAAAUAAGCAGAAUUUGAUUGCUGAGGUUUCAACCAAGGAUAUCAAGGUGUACGGCAAAGGAAACCCCACGAAGGUUGUAGCUGUAGACUGUGGAAUAAAAAACAAUGUAAUCCGUCUAUUAGUAAAGCGGGGAGCUGAAGUGCACUUAGUUCCCUGGAAUCAUGACUUCACUAAGAUGGAGUAUGAUGGGCUUUUGAUUGCUGGAGGACCUGGAAACCCAGCUCUUGCACAGCCACUAAUUCAGAAUGUCAAAAAGAUUUUGGAGAGUGAUCGCAAGGAGCCAUUGUUUGGAAUCAGUACAGGAAAUUUAAUAACAGGAUUGGCUGCUGGUGCCAAAUCCUACAAGAUGCCCAUGGCCAACAGAGGACAGAAUCAGCCUGUUUUGAAUAUCACAAACAGACAGGCUUUCAUUACCGCUCAGAAUCACGGCUAUGCUCUGGACAGCACCCUCCCUGCUGGCUGGAAACCACUUUUUGUGAAUGUCAAUGAUCAAACAAAUGAGGGGAUUAUGCAUGAGAGCAAACCUUUCUUCGCUGUGCAGUUCCACCCAGAGGUCAGCCCAGGGCCAACAGACACUGAGUACCUGUUUGAUUCCUUUUUCUCACUGAUAAAAAAGGGAAAAGGUACCACCAUUACAUCUGUUCUUCCAAAACCAGCACUAGUUGCAUCUCGGGUCGAGGUUUCCAAAGUCCUUAUCCUGGGAUCAGGAGGUCUGUCCAUUGGUCAGGCAGGUGAAUUUGAUUACUCGGGAUCUCAAGCUGUAAAAGCCAUGAAGGAAGAAAAUGUCAAAACUGUCCUGAUGAAUCCAAACAUUGCAUCAGUCCAGACCAAUGAGGUGGGCUUAAAGCAAGCAGAUGCUGUCUACUUUCUUCCCAUCACCCCUCAGUUUGUCACAGAGGUCAUCAAGGCGGAACGGCCAGAUGGGUUAAUUCUAGGCAUGGGUGGCCAGACAGCUCUGAACUGUGGAGUGGAACUAUUCAAGAGAGGUGUACUCAAGGAGUAUGGUGUGAAAGUCUUGGGAACUUCAGUUGAAUCCAUUAUGGCCACAGAAGACAGGCAGCUGUUCUCGGACAAACUAAAUGAGAUCAAUGAAAAGAUUGCUCCAAGUUUUGCAGUAGAAUCGAUUGAGGAUGCGCUGAAGGCAGCAGACACCAUUGGCUACCCAGUGAUGAUCCGUUCUGCCUAUGCACUGGGUGGGUUAGGCUCAGGCAUCUGCCCCAACAAGGAGACUUUAACAGAUCUCAGCACAAAGGCCUUUGCUAUGACCAACCAGAUUCUGGUGGAGAGGUCAGUGACAGGUUGGAAGGAAAUAGAAUAUGAAGUGGUCCGAGAUGCUGAUGACAAUUGUGUCACUGUCUGCAAUAUGGAAAAUGUCGAUGCCAUGGGUGUUCAUACAGGUGACUCGGUUGUUGUGGCCCCUGCCCAAACACUCUCCAAUGCGGAGUUUCAGAUGUUGAGACGUACUUCAAUCAAUGUUGUUCGCCACCUGGGCAUUGUGGGUGAAUGCAACAUUCAGUUUGCCCUUCAUCCUACCUCAAUGGAAUACUGCAUCAUUGAAGUGAAUGCUCGCCUGUCCCGAAGCUCUGCCCUGGCCUCCAAGGCCACUGGCUACCCAUUGGCAUUCAUUGCUGCAAAGAUUGCCCUAGGAAUCCCACUUCCAGAAAUCAAGAAUGUUGUAUCAGGGAAGACAUCAGCCUGCUUUGAACCUAGCCUGGAUUACAUGGUCACCAAGAUUCCUCGCUGGGAUCUUGACCGUUUUCAUGGAACAUCGAGCCGAAUUGGUAGCUCUAUGAAAAGUGUAGGAGAGGUCAUGGCUAUUGGUCGCACAUUUGAGGAGAGUUUCCAGAAGGCUUUACGGAUGUGCCACCCCUCUGUAGAUGGUUUCACUCCCCGUCUUCCAAUGAACAAAGAAUGGCCUUCUAACCUAGAUCUCAAGAGAGAGCUUGCUGACCCAUCCAGCACCCGCAUCUAUGCUAUUGCCAAGGCCUUGGAAGACAACAUGUCCCUUGAUGAGAUUGAGAAGCUCACAUCCAUUGACAAGUGGUUUUUAUAUAAGAUGCGUGAUAUUUUAACCAUGGAAAAGACACUGAAAGGGCUAAAUAGGAUGGCAGCUCAGCAGGCUACAAUUCUUGAACAGAGCAGUGGAAACCCUCAACAGUCUGGAGCAGUGACAAUUCUUAGUAACACAGCAUUUCCAGUAGAAAGGAGAUAUUUCAGUGAUGAUGAAAUAGUCUAUAAUCUGCACCGUUUGUCCUUAUUUGUUUAUUUUCUUUUGCAGAUUGAUACACUGGCUGCUGAAUACCCAUCAGUAACAAACUACCUCUAUGUUACCUACAAUGGUCAGGAGCACGAUAUCAAUUUUGAUGAUCAUGGAAUGAUGGUGCUGGGCUGUGGUCCAUAUCACAUUGGCAGCAGCGUGGAAUUUGAUUGGUGUGCUGUCUCCAGUAUCCGCACCCUGCGUCAACUUGGCAAGAAGACGGUGGUGGUGAAUUGCAACCCCGAGACUGUGAGCACAGACUUUGAUGAGUGCGACAAACUGUACUUUGAAGAGUUGUCUUUGGAGAGAAUCCUUGACAUCUAUCACCAAGAGGCAUGUGGUGGCUGCAUCAUAUCAGUUGGGGGUCAGAUUCCAAACAACCUGGCAGUCCCUCUAUACAAGAAUGGUGUGAAGAUCAUGGGCACAAGCCCUCUGCAGAUUGAUAGGGCUGAGGAUCGCUCUAUCUUCUCAGCCGUCUUAGAUGAGCUGAAGGUGGCUCAGGCACCCUGGAAAGCUGUUAAUACCUUGAAUGAAGCACUGGAAUUUGCAAAGUCUGUGGGCUAUCCCUGCUUGUUGAGACCUUCUUAUGUUCUGAGUGGAUCUGCCAUGAAUGUGGUAUUCUCUGAGGAUGAAAUGAAAAAAUUCCUAGAAGAGGCCACUAGAGUCUCUCAGGAGCACCCAGUGGUGCUGACGAAAUUUAUUGAGGGGGCCCGGGAAGUAGAAAUGGAUGCUGUUGGCAAAGAUGGAAGGGUUAUCUCCCACGCCAUCUCUGAACAUGUGGAAGAUGCAGGCGUCCACUCGGGAGACGCCACUCUGAUGCUGCCCACACAAACCAUCAGCCAAGGAGCCAUUGAAAAGGUGAAGGAUGCUACCCGAAAGAUUGCUAAAGCUUUUGCUAUCUCUGGCCCAUUCAAUGUCCAAUUUCUUGUCAGAGGAAAUGAUGUCUUGGUGAUAGAAUGCAACUUGAGAGCUUCUAGAUCCUUCCCCUUUGUUUCUAAGACUCUUGGGGUAGACUUUAUUGACGUGGCCACCAAGGUGAUGAUUGGAGAGAACAUUGAUGAGAAACCUCUCCCCACAUUGGACCAUCCCAUAAAAUUUUUUUUUUUUUUUGGACAGGCUCCGAUGUUUUCCUGGCCCCGUCUGAGAGAUGCUGACCCCAUUCUGAGAUGUGAGAUGGCUUCCACUGGAGAGGUGGCUUGCUUUGGAGAAGGUAUUCAUACAGCCUUCCUAAAGGCAAUGCUUUCCACAGGGUUUAAGAUACCCCAGAAAGGCAUCCUGAUUGGAAUCCAGCAAUCAUUCCGUCCAAGAUUCCUUGGUGUGGCUGAACAAUUGCACAACGAAGGCUUCAAGCUCUUUGCCACGGAAGCCACAUCGGACUGGCUCAAUGCCAACAAUGUCCCUGCCACCCCAGUGGCAUGGCCAUCUCAAGAGGGACAGAACCCCAGCCUGUCUUCCAUCAGAAAAUUGAUUAAAGAUGGCAGCAUUGACCUAGUGAUUAACCUUCCCAAUAACAACACCAAGUUUGUCCACGAUAAUUAUGUGAUUCGGCGGACAGCUGUUGACAGUGGGAUUGCUCUUCUCACUAAUUUUCAGGUGACCAAACUUUUUGCUGAAGCUGUGCAGAAAUCUCGCAACGUGGACUCCAAGAGUCUUUUCCACUACAGGCAGUACAGUGCUGGAAAAUUAGCAUAAAGAAGCAGAUACCUCAGCUUCAUUCUUAACUCAACCGUUCCCAUGUUUUAUCUAAAGGAACUGAUUCCCAACCUCGUUUCCCAAAGAUGAAUAUUGAAAGCAAACCUUCUUUCAGUUUAGUCUGUUAUGCCUCAAAAUUCUGUCUCUUUCACAAAUUGUGUUUCUUCUUCAAAACUUUACUUAGAAUCCUUCCCACGUAACUUGUUCAUGAGAUUUUAUCCACUUAAUAACAACUUAGUUUUGAUGGACUAGACUUACCUAUGUGCUUGUUUGCAGCUAACAUUUUAUGGUGCUGAUUAAUGAUGAUCAAGGUGGAAAAAAGUUGCUGUUCUAUCUCCUGGACUCUGUACUUUAAAGAUAUUCUUGUCAUUGUUUUUAUUAGUAUCUGCCUACCCAGGACGCUUUAACAGGGCAGAAUACCAUAAAAAUUUGGUAAAAUGAACUGUAGAUUUAAUUUAUGAACUUCUCCAUCACGAUGUUUGUGCAUUGCUUCUUUCUGAUCAUCAUUCUCAUCUAUCUGACCAACCCAGGUUAUCCUUAUUCUUUCCCUUGACACUGAAGUUGAAAAAUGUGACAGAGGCUUUCUGGGUCUGUCUUUAAGGAAUACCAUUUUGCAGUUUUGUAUUUUGGAGUAUGUCAGCCAACAGUAGACAUUACUGAGGUGGUUUUGUUCUUGGUUUUUCAUUGGAUUUAGCUAGGGGCAAGUGAAGUCUUCAAAUUUAGGCCAUUCGUUCUCUGCCAGUUUUGGAAAAACUCCAGUGUCAUGUUCAGAGGAUGGAUUCUGUCGACCACACUUCACAGUGAAUUUUGUACAUGUUAAGCACCAGAGUACCAUUCCUUCUACAUACAAAGAAAAUCCUUCCUGCAGGGCAAACUUUGUUGCUUUUAAAUGUUUUGUGGUAUUACUUGUACUCUAAUUGUGAACUUUUAAAUAAAAUGCUAUUAAGAGGCAA